AUGGCAGCCUCCAGGAAAGCCAUCGGCCAGGCCCACAGCCUCUGGGGCCGCCCUCCAGCCUCCCGGGGCAUCCCAGCCUCCAGGGCACAGCCCAGUCUCCGGGGCACCCAUCAGCCUCCCGGGGCACCAUCGAGCCUCCAGAGCACCAUCAGCCUCUCUGGGGCAUCACCCAGCCUCCAGGAACGCCGUCCAGCCUCCAGGGCGCCAUCCAGCCCGGGCCACCAGCCAGCCUCGGGGCACCACCCAGCCCAGAAGCACCAACCAGCCCCAGAGCACUGCCCAGCUCCCAGGACACCCCUCCAGCCUACCAAAACACCACCCAGCCCAAACACCAUCCAGCCCCCAGGAGCACCACCCACCCCAGGAGCACAAUCCAGCCCCAGGAGACAGCCCACCCACACACCAUCCAGCCCAAGAGCACCACCCAGCCCAAAACACCACCCAGCCAGAGCACCACCAGCCCAGGCACCCCAGCCUCCAGGAGCACAACCCAGCCCCAGGAGCACCAUCCAGCCUCCAGGGCACCAUCCAGCCACCAGCAACCAACCCAGCCUCCUGACCACCACCCAUCCUCCCAAGACAACACCCAGCCUCCAGGAGCACAGCCCACCUCCAGCAGCAUCCACCCAGCACCACAGCCUCCGGGGCACCAUCCAGCCUCCAUGCCUCCGGGGCAACCCCAGCCUCGGAGGCUCCAUCAACCUGGGGCACCAUCCAGCCUCCUUGCACCAUCCAGCCUCCGGAGGCAUCAACCAGCCUCCGGGGCACCAUCCAGCCCAGGAAACCACACAGCCUCAAGGUGCACCCUCGGCCUCCGGGGCACCUCCCAGCUUCCAGGAAACCAGGCAGCCUCCAGGAAACCACACAGCCUCCAAAGAAACCAUCCAGCCUCCAGGAGCACCACCCAGCCCGAGAGCACCCAGCCUCCGGAGCACACCAGCCACCGGCACCAUCCACUCCGGGGCACCAUCCAGCCUCCCUGGCCCAAGGAAUCCACCAAGCCCCAGAAACCAUCCAGCCUCCAGAAGCACCACCCACCUCAAGAGCACCAACCAUCCAAACCAUCCAGCCUCCGGGGCACCACAUCCACCUUGGCACCAUCCAGAAUCUCAGCAUCAUCCAGCCUGGACAACCACCCAAACACAGCCUCAAGGCACCUCGACUCCAGCACCCCCAGCCAGAGGCACCGGCACCCCCAGCCCCCUGACACCACCCAGCUCCCACACCACCCAACCCAGGAGCACCACCCAGCCCCAGAAAUCACACACCACAAGCACCCCUGCCUCCCGGCACCACCCAGCUCCAGGAAUCCAGGCAGCCUCCAGAAACCACCCAGCCCCAGGAGCACCACCAGCCUCCGGAGCACCAACCAGCCCCAGGAGCACCGCCCAGCCCUGGGGGCACCAUCCAGACCUUGGCACCAUCCAGCCCCCAACACCAGCCUCCGGGGCACCACCCAGCCUCCAGGAAACCACACAGCCUCAAAGGGGCACCCCUCGGCCUCCAGGGGGCACCCCCAACCCAGAAAACCAGGCAGACCUGCGGGCCCCUCCCAGCCUCAGGGGCACCACCCAGCUCCGGAGCACCACCCAGCCUCCAAGCACCCACCUCCGGGGCACCACCCAGCCUCCAGGGGCACCACCCAGCCUCCAGGGGCACCACGCAGCCUCCAGG